GUCUUUCGCAAGCGUUAACAGUCACUUCGUUCAGUUUGGUUGAGACUAACAUAAAAAAUGAAAUGCUUAAAAACCGAAGCCGCAUUUUUAGCUGGGAUUGGAGUAUUUCUCGUGGGUACGGCCUGUCUAAUUGCCGUCGAAGUCCAUAACAUUUAUCCGGCACGAGAGGAACAGAAAUUUGAAGAAAUAAACUGUACACUUGAAUCAUGCAACAUGGACGCGAGCGCUAAAUGUUCCAAACACAAACACGAUAAUAAAGAGUUUUCCUGUUUAAGGGUUUAUGUUGUGUGUGGAAGCAAAGCUGAAAACAAUGACAGCAAUAUGCUGUUACAAACUGCUCACAAGCGUCGUUUGCUAGCAAGAAAUUAUCACAGUCUUCAUAAACAGGUAUGUUCUUUGAUGUGUAUGUACUUGUAUGUAUCGAGUAAAUAUUGUUACUACUGAACCUGUAGAACGUUUUUAAAACGAUUUAAGGGAUGUUUGUUUCUUGCAUGGAAAGUUUUAAUGAAUCACUUUCUGUUUAGAUCUUUUUAAGGAUGUUUGUUUCUUGUAUGAAACGUUAAAAGGUUGGAUCAUUUUCUUAAGCACGAUUUCUGCCAAAUAUCUGAUUACUGACGACGCAAUUGCGUAGUUUAACCGGGGGGUACUCUAUGAUUAUUUGUAGGGGUGGGUGCCGCUGGAACCCUUAAUUCGGUGACCUUUGUAGUCUCUUAGCCUGCGUUGCGGCCGGCCCACGUAUCGCGUAAACCACUGUUAUAGUCGCCAAUUGCCUAGGAUAUUACUCGGGGGUACUCUACGAUUAUUUGUAAGGUUUUGUGCCGCUUGGGCCCUUAAUUCCGUGGCCUUUGUAGUCUUCGUACAAACCAAACGGCGUACGAAUAUUCAGCUACAACCGUAUUAUGUGGGCUUGGCAUCAAAAAUCCCUAUCCUAUUCUAGAUCUAUCUAACCCAUGCAACUUUCCCCACUGAUCAAUUUGCCGUACCUUUGAUUUCCACUGAUACCCUUUUGUUUAGAAAAUUUAGCCUGGCUUUGCCGCUCGUCUCGCCUCUGACGGCUCCGCCGCCAAGAAGUAUCCCACUCAAGGCAACCUCGCCAUCUUAGGCUAAACUGCUUGAAAAGCUUGCGUUCAGAUUUUCGGGUACUUUUCACUUUCGCAUCGUCCCCACUAUCUGAGAGCCUGGAACAGGCGAUAGCUUACAUGAGACAAUGCCUGCAUGGUCGGAAGCAAGUUUCCAAUAUGUAUCGAAAAGAAGUUUCUUUGCGUUUUGGUUUUGUUAUUUGUGUCUUAGAUCAUAUCACAUUUAGAGAAGAACGAAAAAACUUGAAUUUUUUCGGUCCUUCAAUCAUUGUAGGGUGAAUUAAUUUUAAAUCGUCCAAAUCGUUAAAUACAUAUCUUCAGAGCCGCUCUUGCAGUGGCCGGAGUAACGCAACCCUCCCCGUCCCCACGUGGGCCCGCCAGAGCAGAGAACACUGGCGUAGGCGUCUUGCAAGCAUCUCGUUCCUUCCAUAUCGGCUCCCUCCUUUUUUAUUUUUUUUGCUUCCACCCUUAAGCCCUUUUUCUAUUGCAAAAUAUUAAGCAUUGUUGCGUAAUUUCCCCCUAUUUGUUUCGCUUCCCGCCCCUUUAGAACUCCCACCUCCUACCCUUUUCUCUCCCGUACCCCGUACCCCUCUAGCCCCCUAUUGUGCCGGGGUCCCACCCCCCUGUUCCCCCCUUCCCCCACUGGAAAGGGGAAUAAGCUGAAAAUCAGUCUUAAGUCCUCAAAGCGUUUAAUAAAUUGGAGCUGUUAAUCGAUACUUGCUUUUUCACGUAAUUCGAGAUAUAUUGACAUACAGACUACCAAGAAAUUUGCUUCCCUUGCCUCUUACUUUCUGUAUCUUAAACGCGCGUUUAAUUUGCAAUCUCCUAAGAAAAACAGGAACAGUUAAACCAAACGGUGGAUUGACUGAACCAGUCCUUGUUGAUGCACAUAGAAUUUUUUUUUUCGCUUUUCUGUUAAAAUGAACAUGUUCUUUGUUUUCAAUAUUUAUUUUCUUAUAAGGACAAUCAAACGGGGUUGCCCUUUAAUGACAACUGAUAGAAAACAGGUGAUAUUUACAGUCAAAAGUCUUAACCUUUGGCCAAUUCGAGCCGUUAAAGCAAAACAGGAAAAGGCACAUUAAACGGAUUUUGGCCACAGGAAAACAAUAUAUCUUUUUUUAGUUUAGUAAGGCCGACUUCCUGCAUACAUCUUCUGUGGGUCACUGUAUAAUUGACCUAGAGAUUUCUUUCGCAUGGCAAAAUAUUAACCUGCCUGGGAAAAGAGCGAUACCCCACACUGCCUCCGAGAUGUACUUGCCCUCAGGCUAGGAAAAAUAAGGCUCUCGUAGAGUACGAAUCCUCCCCCUCCCUAUUUUCCCUUCCCUGACAAUUCCUAAUUCUUCCAACUUUUUUUCUUUACAUAACUCCUCCGUUAACUCCUUGAUUUUUAUUGGCUAAGGGUUUCGAUCCGCCGAAAUUUUAAGUCCGAUCUGGACUUACUGGGAUUAUGCAAACAAAGAUCGAGCUUGCUUUGUUGCACGUAGGAACCUCUAUAUAACAUUCUACAUAACAAGCCUCUAAUUAACGAAGUCCUCGUUAACGAUGAAUUCGUCACCCCAUUAAUAGUGAAUAUAUAUCUAGAUUGUGGAAAAGAGCCUCGAUACAAUAAAACCCUAUUCUAGAAAAUUAGAUGCCGCGAAAAUUUUUCAUGCCACAAAGUAGGUGCCCUAAUUCUUCGCUCUUUUUCGCUGGCUAAGUAUUACAAAGUUCUUUUGGCGGUACACAAGAAUCUGCUUGCAACGUACAAUAACUUACCGACAACCAGUUGCGAAAUUGUUGAGGUACUUGUUUGUAUUUGUAAUUUAAUAACCUUUGUUAAUUUUUCAGUUUUUAAUAAUGUAUACAACAGGCAAUACAAAGUACGUUACACUGCGAAACAGCCGGCAAGAACGUGCGCUACAGCGGUCAAAGAAGUGUGAAUCACGCGGGCACCUUGAAAAAUUUGUGCUAGGAGAUAUUUGACUACUCUGAAUGUUGCACUGAUAACUAAAAUUAAUUGUAGGCUCUUAGCCAGUGAGAUGACAGUAAGUACAAUGUAGUCCAUAUCAAUAUGGCUGUUGCCUAACUACUUGUUGUUUAUUGUUGCCAGUGCACCUAUGAACCGGAAGAAUGCAGAGAGAAACAGGAAGCGGAACACAAACUUCUUAAGUCAGCCGAGUGUGGCAAUCCCACUAGAGAAUCACUAACGUGCUACUACAACCCAAAAGACCCUGAUGAAAUCCUCCACCAGAAGGCUUCGACAGAAAGUUACAACAGACUGGUACUACAAAACAUGGCGUGGGCCACUGGCAUUGUGGUACUAGGUCUUGCUGUUGUCAUAGCAACAGGAUGUUUUAUUUCUUCCUACCACCGUCGAUACAGUUACCAACGAAUUGAUGACAACUCGAUUCUUUGAGAAGCAGAAGCUGGGAUUAAAGACACAGCAACAGGAAAAAAUAAUUUUGUACCAGGAGAGGGUACUUGUUGAUGCCCCAAUUGGAAUGACCCCUAGGAAGCGAGAAGCUAAAGGAAGACGUACGGACGAAGGAGUUGAUUUCCACAAU